AUGGCUUCUCAAGCGUCAGGAUCGUCUACGACAACCAUCGUCCUCCUCCGCUGGGAACGGUCGAGCGGGAUCUUAAGAGGCUUCCCGGCGGCGCUUCGCGCAGACGGCACACUGACCCUCGGGGAAGCACGCAUCAUACCGCGGGAAGGUUGGGAAGGCCUCGACUCGAAAGACUUCACGCCCGAGUUCAACUACGAUCCCGAAGCCAACGAGGUGCAGGCCACAUACUUUGCCGCCAGCAAAGGAAAAUGGGUCUUUAUCGCUAUGGGCCCGCACUUUAUGGACAGAGGGAAGCUCCGGUGGGACGUUGGGUCGCGCGCCGCGGGGUUGGGCCAGGCAUCCAUCCUCGUUCGCAGCACGGCCGUGUAUCUAGCAUAUCCCAAACUAACAGAGGAAGGGGUCAACCUGAAGCGGCGACCCAACAACGACAAGGAGGUGGAGUGGAAGGAUAUCCGGCUGCGCCCUUCUCUCAUCAACAAGGAUGCCAAGACGUCGGGAGCCAAGCUGUACGAUCCCGGAAACGGGUUCUCGUACGUGUACUGUAUUACUACGGAGCAAGGGUCACGGAGGAUCAUGAUCGAUACAAUCGAAAAGGAGCAGCUCUCGCAGAUCGACGUGGGACAACGAGGCGAGUCUAUCCUGUGGCGCCGUCUCGUGGUUGGGUCUGAAAUUGUUGGCUUGUCCGACAUAGUGGAAAACGGCAAGCCGUGGUCAUACUAUGAGAUCUCCUCCAUCGCGCCCCUCGUCGUCCCUGACGUAUCUAGCAACGAUCCCCUCAAGCACCACGCCCGUGCCCGCCUGGAACUCUUUCGCAUCUUCUACACCUGGGUAAACCUGACGAGCAAUGGCUACAUCGAUGAGCCGGGAAACGGGCUCGGGCAGGAAGUCACGCGGCCGGCCAAAGCCAUGGCCCGAAUCGACAAUACCCCGACGGCGGACCCACAGGGCUCGCUCAACGUCGUCAUGGUGCAAGGAAGAGUGUGGCUCUUCUAUGCUAUGGGUGGAAGUGGGUGGUGCGUGUCUAAUACGCCGGCAAAGGAUGGCGAUUUGCACUCGGAGAAAUGGGACACGCAAAAACUGAUGAAGGACUUUAGCGACGCCGGCUUGGAAAGUCGCUAUGUUCCUCUUGUGGUCCCUCGAGAUUUUACGGCUUGGACAGCAUAA